GCACGGGCAGGCGCAGCCGCGGGCAGCCUCUCCGCCCGAGGACCCCGGCGGCCGCGCGCGGGAGGCGGGAAGAGGGAAAUCUUCAAAGUCGAGGUCCAGGCUCGUCCUGGUUCGGGCGCGAUGAAGUUGCACUGCGACGUGGAGGUGGUGAGCCGCCACUUGCCCACCUUGGGCAUGAGGAACCGGGGCAAGGGCGUGCGAGCCGUGUUGAGUGUUUGUGAACAGACGCCCAGAAGUCAGCUGCCCGGCCCGCGGCGCGCCUGUCUGCUCGUCUCCACCCUGAAGGAUAAGCACGGGACCCGCUAUGAGCAGCUGAAGGAGAAUAUUGAGCAAUUCUUCACCAAGUUUGUAGAUGAGGGGAAAGCAACUAUUCGGUUGAAAGAGCCUCCUGUGGACAUCUGUUUAAGUAAGGCCAAUUCCAACCAUUUAAAGGACUUUCUUUCAACUGUGAGACUGGCUCAUAGAGGCUGUAAUGUUAAUGUACAGCUUUCAACACUUGCGCCAGUAAAGGCUUCUGAAUUUGAAAAAUUUAAAACUAAAAUGAUUAUCACAUCCAAAAAGGACUAUCCUCUCAGCAAGAGCUUCCCAUGUUCCCUGGAGCAUCUUCAGACUUCUUACUGUAGCCUUGUCCGAGUUGAUAUGCGUAUGCUUUGUCUCAAAAACCUUAGGAAAUUAGACUUGAGUCAUAACCAUAUCAAAAAGCUGCCAGCUACGAUUGGAGACCUCAUUCACCUUCAAGACCUUAACCUGAAUGAUAACCACUUGGAGUCGUUCAGCAUAGACCUGUGUCAGUCUACACUCCAGAAGUCUCUUCGAAGCUUGGAUCUCAGCAAGAACAGAAUCAGAGCGCUGCCUGUGCAGUUUUGCCAGCUCCGAGAGCUUAUCAUUUUAAAAGUGGAUGAUAAUGAAUUGAUUCAGUUUCCUUUCAAGAUAGGACAACUAACAAACCUUCGGUUUUUGUCAGCAGCUCGAAAUAAGCUUCUGUUUCUGCCAAGUGAAUUUAAAAAUUUAUCCCUUGAGUACUUGGAUCUUUUUGGAAAUACUUUUGAACAACCGAAAGUCCUUCCAGUUAUAAAGCUCCAAGUGCCAUUAACUUUGUUAGAAUCUUCUGCACGGGCCGUACUUGGUAAUAGGAUCCCAUAUGACUCUCAUAAUAUUCCUUUCCAUCUUUGCCAAGAUUUGGAUACUGCAAAAACCUGUGUUUGUGGAAGCUUCUGUCUACGCUCCUUCAUUCAAGGGACUGCUAACAUGAACCUACACGCUGUUGCUCACACUGUGGUCUUAGUAGAUAACAUGGGCGGAACUGAAGCACCUGUUACUUCUUACUUCUGUUCUCUAACCUGUUACGUGAAUUCAACUGAUACAUUAAAGUAAUGAAUAAUGCCACAAAAACAAAUUUCAUUUACUUACAGAUCA